AUGGAGGGCGCAGGCACCGCUGUCCGAGGAGCAGAGAUGGGCCCGAGGGGCGCAGCCGCGGCGGCCGUGGCGCUGUGGGUCUUGCUGACGGCGGGCGAGGCGGCGGACCCUGGCGUGGCGACGCCCCGGCGCUGCCUCCUGUCACACUACCGCUCGCUGGACCCCAGGGCGCUGGCGGCCGUCAAGGCGCUGAGGGACCGCUACGAGGAGGAGACGCUGAGCUGGAGGCCGCGCAACUGCUCCUUCCGCCCGAGGAGGGAUCCUCCGCGGCCCUGGUCGUGCGCGCGCCUCCGCCUCGUGGUCCGGGGCCUGGCGGACGCCCAGGCGGUGCUGAGCCGCCUGCAGAGCCCCGAGCGGUUCCCCGGCCCCGGCCCGACCCUGGAGCUGCUGGCGGCCGCGCGGCGGGACGUGGGGGCCUGCCUCGAGCUGGUGCGGCCAGGCUCGUGGAGGAAGUCCCUGCGGCCACCGAGGAGGCGUCCCCAAACACGGAGAGCUGACUCGCCUCGGUGCCACGAAGCCAGCGUCAUCUUCAGCCUCCUGCGCCUGCUCACGUGGGACCUGAAGCUGGUGGCGAACUCGGGGCCUUGUCUCUGA